GUUUUUCCAACAGGCCUUGGCCGGACACGCCACGCCUAAUAAGGCAUGCUCCGCCCGGUGGCCACUGCCCAUGGACAAGUCUAAUCCUUUAACCUAAACCUAAAAGCCUGAGGGAAAAGCAAAAGUACGGAGAUGCGUUAUUAAAAACGACACGUGUAAUGUAUAGAGAGAGCGGCUGACAGUGAUUGGUGUUGGUUUCUUCAUAAGGCAGGCCCGCUGGCUGCUUAUUUCCCUUAUAAAUAAAUAAAUAAAUCUAAACAAAGAAGUGAAAGAAUAAAAUCGAAGACUAUCAAUCGGUGUUUUGUUGGUUUAGAAGAGAGAAGAAAAUGGAAUUCCCUACGAAAACAAGAGAAAGCAAAAGCAUCUUCACGAUUGCUUCUCCAGCCGAGGAUCGGAAGAGCAGCAGUUCAGAAGGUGUUCGUGCUGGAGCCAAGGCUGCUGCCGUUGCUUGUGUUGCCAGUGCUAUUCCUACGUUGAUUGCAGUUCGAAAAAUCCCCUGGGCAAAGGCAAACAUUAACCACACUGGUCAGGCACUGAUUGUAUCAGCAGCAUCGAUUGCUGCUUUCUUUGUCACUGCCGAUAAAACUGUAUUGCAGUCUGCAAGAAAGAAUUCCCAUUUUGAGAGAACAACUUGAUACACAGUUGAGCACCAAGGCCCGGAGAAGAUGGGGCAACUGCAACUAGAUGAGCUUCUCUAUAUGAUAAUGGUUGUAUUUAUAAUGACAGGCUUUCUCCUCAAUAAACAAGAUUGAAAGUUGAAUGUUUA